CCGACAGCAGGUCUUUCCCCCGUUCCUUUACCCUGCGCUUCUGGGAGCGCAGACCCCAGAUGAGCUGCACGGUGGCAGACAGGGCGCACAGAGCUACCUGUCUCUCUGAUUUCCAUCUCCCAGGGAGUCGCAUAGGUUGGAUGCCUGGGAGGAGCGAGAAGUUAAAUACCGAUCACUCCCGUCCCGCUGCAGAGUGUCAAGGCGAAACGCGUUUGUUUCUCAACCCCAACGCAGCAAAGAAGUUCAAGAAGAAUGUUGGAGCAGGAGUACUGUCAAGCUGAAGGACCUAAGAGUCAUCAUUCACACGGAGUGACAGCAAGGUCAUCGGGCUAAGGAACGGUUGCUUUCCUCCUUCGGAUUACUGAUAGAGUCAUCAUAAGGGAGACAGAAAUUAUAUAGGACCUUUAAAGAAUGAGCUCUCCAAACCAGUGGAUUGUUCUGAAGGUCAAAGCCAUCUAAGAUCAAAUGUAAUCACCAACAGUAAAAUCAGCUGGCCUUUUCACAGUUCAAGAUUUCUGCUUCUGCAAGUUAAACCAGUUAGAACUCUUCAAGGGACUGCACUGUGAAAAAUAUUUCCUCUUUGGAAUAAAUUAAAUCUGGAAGUGUUUCCAGGACUUUUGACUAUCUGUGCGGUAUCAACCACCCUCACUGUGCCGACUGGACGGGAAAUGGCUGCAAGUGCUGUUGAAGGCAGGAGAGUGAAGAAUGGAUGGAAAGCUUCAAUUUUAUUCACCAGUAGCACACUUUUCAACAGCCCUACAACCUUGUUUCCCCAUCGUUUCCCUACUGAACUGUGAGUGAAUCUGGUCAAAUGUGUUGUUUCUUUCACCCUCAAAUCUUUUAAAAGUAUUCCUCAAUCCAUUUGUUUCACUGCAACAGAUUCCACUUCAAAGAAAUACAAGAAUCUCUGUGAGGGGGAGCAAGUACUCUGAACUGACUGGCCAUGUGACCAUACAAACAUGCUCUCACCGGAUAGUACAAAUCCAUUAUGCUCCAUGACCUGGCCUGUAUUAAGCAGAUAACUUUAGAUUGAUUUGUGAUCCCAUGGAUUAGCUUUAAAGUCCUUUCACCAAGACCCUUUGAGUUUGCCCUGGUGGACUUGUGCAUUUGCUUACAACUACAAGUGAAAACCCCUUUGUGUCUGCAACUUUGAUUUUACAUGUAGACACAGGAUUUUUUUUUUUUCAAACAACAUGGUUCCCCUUUGGGCAGCAGGACCGUGGACACUAUUGACAACACUGGGUCUUUUGAGUUGCUGUUGUUUUAAGUGGUCUGAGGCCUCAAGAACUAGUGGCACAAACUCAGGAGGGAGUAAACAGCAAGACGGACCCUCGUCUCUUGAAAGAGUAAAGAGGGGAUGGGUGUGGAACCAAUUUUUCGUGGUGGAGGAGUACACAGGCACGGAACCGCUAUAUGUAGGAAAGAUCCAUACAGACUCAGAUGAAGGCGAGGGCAAUAUCAAGUACACCAUCUCCGGAGAGGGGGCAGGUUCCAUCUUCAUCAUCAAUGAGCUUACAGGGGACAUACAUGCCACUGAGAGACUCGACCGAGAAGAGAAGGCUUUUUACACACUUCGAGCUCAGGCCCGAGAUCGUCUCACCAAUGGCCCCCUGGAACCAGAGUCCGAAUUUGUCAUCAAGGUCCAGGACAUCAAUGACAGUGAGCCCCAGUUCUUGGAAGGCCCCUAUAUUGGCAGUGUGGCAGAACUGUCCCCCAUAGGAACGUCUGUCAUGAAGGUUACUGCGUCGGAUGCUGAUGACCCUACAUAUGGCAGCAGUGCCAGAGUGGUUUACAGUGUACUGGAUGGAGAAAAGUUUUUCACUGUUGAUAAACAUACAGGAAUAAUCAAGACAGCGGUGGCAGAUUUGGACCGGGAGACUCAGGAUCGUUAUGAGUUGGUCGUCAUGGCAACAGACAUGGCUGGCCAAAUGGGUGGUCUCUCAGGCUCCACCACGGUGACCAUAGUGAUCACGGACGUUAAUGACAACCCACCACGCUUUCCACAGAAGAUGUACCAGUUUUCGGUGUCAGAAGGGGCAGCUGUGGCAACACCGGUCGGACGCGUCAUUGCUACAGAUGCAGACAUGGGGGAGAACACAGAUAUGAGCUAUCUGAUCAAAGAGGGAGGAGAUCUGUUCAAGGUCACCACAGAUGUGGAGACGCAAGAAGCUGUUGUCUCCAUCAAAAAGCCACUUGACUUUGAGAGCAAGAGGACCCACAAUGUUGUCGUAGAGGCAGUAAAUAAGCAUGUUGAUCCUCGCUUUGUUGACCUUGGAUCUUUCCGAGAUCAGACAAUCGUUCGGGUCAGUGUGUCUGAUAUUGAUGAGCCACCCAUCUUUCAACCAGCGGAAGGCGCUGUCAUGGAAGUCCAGGAGGAUGCUAAAGUUGGAUCACUUGUUGGCAUUGUCACAGCCAGGGAUCCAGAUGUGAUGAACAAACCUGUGAGGUUUUCCAUUGAUCCAACAACAGACCAGGACAUGAUCUUUCAUAUUGAUGCUGACUCAGGUGCCGUCACGUUAGCAAAGAUUUUGGACCGAGAGACAGCGGGCUGGCACAACAUCACUGUGAAGGCUGUGGAAGCAGAUAACCACACAAUGGUGUCCUUCUCAGCUGUUAGUAUUCGGAUCCUGGAUGUUAAUGACAAUCCACCUGAACUGGCUACCCCAUAUGAAGCCUCUAUAUGUGAAGAUGCUGAACCAGGGCAGUUAAUUCACACCAUCAGUGUGGUGGAUAGAGAUGAACCACAAUCUGGACACCGCUUUUCCAUCAGACUACUAUCUGAAGCUGCCAGCAGUCGUUACUUCACUCUAUGGGAUGUCAAAGACAACACAGCUGGCAUCCGUACCCAGAAGUCAAGCUUUAAUCGCCAUGAACAGAAUGUGUACUUCCUGCCCAUUCUUGUUGUUGACAGUGGACCUCCCUCCCUCAGCUCAACGGGCACCCUGACCAUCCAUGUUUGUGGCUGCGACACAGAGGGAGCUAUCCAGACCUGCAAUGCAACAGCCUAUGUAAUGAGUGCAGCUCUUAGCCCCGGCGCACUUAUAGCACUACUGGUCUGCAUGUUGAUCCUCAUAGUUCUUGUCUUGCUGAUUCUCACGCUGAAACGCCACAGGAAAGGCCAAAGGAUGGCAGAGGACGAGGAGGACAUGAGAGAUAACGUCAUCAAAUACAACGACGAAGGCGGAGGGGAGCAGGACACUCAGGCGUAUGACAUGAGCGCUCUGAGGAACCUCUAUGACUUCCCAGAGGCCAAAAGCUGUGACUCUGGUCCAGACAUCCGCUCGCUGCCACAGUGGAUACAGGCAAAUCGAGUGGGAGGGGGGGUGGAUGGAGCUUUGGCAGCAGCAACAGACUUCUCUCUUUUCAAAGGCUACAUACGAAAGAAGGUGGAGCAGGCUGACGCUGACCUGUCGGUGCCGCCGUAUGACUCAUUCCAGACAUAUGCCUUUGAGGGCACAAGUUCACCUGCUCUUUCACUCAGUUCAAUCCACACACUGUCCACCACAUCUGAGCUGGAUUUCUCCUACCUCAGCGACUGGGGGCCACGCUUUAGGCAACUGGCAGGCUACUAUGCUCCAGGAAAGACUGAGGAGGAAGCAUCCUAGCACAGUUUCUUAUCUACAGAAAGACAGUUAAACACUCCCUUUUCCUCUUUUUUUUUUUUGCUUUUUUUUUGUCUCCUCACCCUCUGGCACUUAACUGAGAUCAUCAGAACUAACCCUGUGUACUCGUUUCAGUCAGAGUGCAACCUCUUUAUCUCAUUUUGGAAAUAGACCUUAAGCUCUGAGAAAACAUUGAGUUUCUGACUGUUUUUUACACUUGUUUUGAUUUUUGUUAAAAUAUUUUAAAGUGGAAAUGAAAUGUGGGGGAAAAAAGUGCUAUUUAGUCAUUUUUUUUGUGUGUGUAAAGGGAUUAUUUUCUGUUACUAACUUAAAAACUGUUAGUUAAAGCUAUGACACUAAUGAGGGUUAAGAGAAUCAUUAUUCAUUAGGUAAGACAGGGCGAUGUGGAAGUGCACUGUAUGAAUGAUGUACACAUAUUUAAAGAAAGAAAUGUUCAUGUAUUUAUUUUCAUCUAUUUAUUUAUUUAUUAACACAAUGGUAAAGACAAAAAUGAGCUCUUAGUGUUGAAUAAAAAGUAAAGGCAAAAGACGUAAUUAAAGGAGGAGAAGAAAGAACUGCAUUUGCAGGGCACUGCAUAAAACACUGGUGAAAAAGUGAUAUCUAGGCCAUGUAAACAUUACAGAGUGGAACAUUUUUGGUAAAAUCACCCACUGAAGUUAAGUACAAAAAAGAAAGACGGACUCCAGUUCAGUCUUAAUCUUUCAGCCUGGAAAAAAAAAAAAAAAAACCUUUGUUUUACUUUUUUCUCCUUUAUUAAAAAAAGGGAAAUUUUGAAGAUGAGGAACUGAGGACAGUUGUUUGUUAACAGUGUUUUUUCUUACUCUCUCUGCAGCUAUUUGUGAGGCAACAAGGCACAAACUGCUACAGGGGUUCACAAAAAAACAAAUGACUGUUUUAUGAAGCUGGCUUGUGGUCAACUUUGUGACGAGAGCAGCCAAAAUAUAUUCCAUAUUUUUUGUGUGACUGUGUAAAAUAUGUUUUUUUUUUUUUUUUUAUUUUGUGAUGAGAUUUAUUUGUUUUUUAUUUUAUUUGCUUGUUGUUUUUUUCUCUUUUUUUCUUUGGAGUUGGGGAGGCUGUGAUAAGAGCUGAUGAUCAGUUCACAUCCACCUAAUGUCCCCGCUUAUUCAAUGUUUACCUUAAAUUGCAAAUGUAUGGAAAAUUAUAAAAAAAACAAAAAGACCAAUAAAUAUUUAACUUUUUUUGUAAAUCUC